AUGCCUUGGAAACCUGAAACAAUUAAUCCGGAAAAGGUUUUGGAUACUAAGGAUUGGGAUCUCUUUGGAUGUGUUUUCUUUUCCCUAGCAUUGAUUGGUUAUAUUCAAACUAUCAAUGCAUUUGUUUUACCAACCAAAGAAAUGUUUGUUUAUUCAGGUCUAUUAGAUCUCUUAGAUGAAGAUGAAUCUCUUACAGCCGCAAUCAUUGCUCACAAGAUCGCACAUGUCAUCAAGAGACAUGCAGUUGAAAACAUGGGAUUCUCAGCGUUAUCUGCAGUAGCAUUUGAUGUGAUUAGAGGGAUCUCAUUUGCUUUGACAAUCAGUUUUCCAAUCGUUUCAGAUGGAUUAGCUACUAUGAUCAAUUUAAACAAUGUAGUAGCAGAAAGAGCUUAUAGGAGGAAACCAGAAACUAAAGCUGAUGAGCUUGGACUCUUGAAUACUAAUGUGACUUCUGUAAAAAACGAUUGA